CUUCAGCCGUUUCAGGUUGUUGCCACAGAAAACGUGAACCCCAUCGCUCUGGAAGCCAACGUUGAUUGCGCGCUCGCCACAGAAAAACUGGAUGGCACUUGCUGUUACGUUGCAGUUUAUAAAGGGCAACCUUCCCUCUGGGCUCGACUCGACAGGAAACCCAACAAACAGGCAGAGAAGAGGUUCAAAAAGUAUCAGCAUUCUCACAGGACCUGUAAAGGUUUCACGUGGAACGUAGAGGAAGAUUUCAAGACGGUGCCGGAGACGUGGAUCCCAGCCCACAGAGUCAAACACCACAAUGGCCACCCAGUGCCCGAUGAGCAUGGACACAUUCCAGGCUGGGUUCCAGUGGAGAAGGACAACAAGCAGUACUGCUGGCACUCCUCUGUGGUGGAUUAUGAAGUCCGGGCGGCUCUCAUUCUCAGGCCCAGCGCCGACAAUGAAGACGUGCUAGAAAUGGCAGCGGUGCCGUUGGCCGACCUCCUGGAGCAAACACUGGAGCUCAUUGGAACCAACGUCAACGGAAACCCUUACGGAUUGGGGAGUAAGAAGCAGCCUGUCCACUGCUUGGUGUCACACGGGAGCGUUCAAAUCAGUAACCCUCCACCAGUGGACUUCCAGCAGCUGUGCUCCUGGUUCCAGGAGAGUCCAGAGGGCCGGGUUGAGGGCAUUGUCUGGCACUGCAACAACGGCACACUCUUUAAGGUCCAUCGUCAUCACCUGGGACUGAAGUGGCCAGGCGGGGAAACCUCCCUGGGUGACAGGUCGGUGGUCGUUCAUGUUGAUGGGACGGUUGACGAAUACAACAACAGCAAGGACUUGUUCACAUCCUUCUCCAGACUAAAGGGACACCAUAUCAGCCGACUGAAGGACAUCCAGUUUGACUCGUAAACACAGAGAACCUCAAACGUUCCUUUUGUUUUUUUAAGCUGCUGCUGCGACGCUGUAAGGAUUUAGCACUUUGGUGAUAGCUGCCAGAUAUGUUCCGCAGUAAUUCCAGAUGAGUACACAGUGUAUUACAGCCUGGAGACAUUGCUUUGCAGAAAUGUGUAAAAAUGACCAACUGAAGUCGUUCAAAGAUUAAACUACUGUAAAUACUGUAUGUUACAGCUGAA